GGACACUGAAGAGCUGCCCCCACCAUCCAAGACCCUCCUCAGGAGUUCUACAGGAUGCGGCAGCUGUGGGGGUGCGUGCUGAUCUCUGCCCUGGCCCUGGUCACGUUCUCUGAAGCCUCUCCAAAGCUCAAAGCCCUGCUCCAGGACACUCUCACAGGCCCUGAAGCCAGUAGGAGCCUGGGAAUGAGAUGGCCAGCUGCUCUGGGCUCUCCUUCCCACCACCGGAGACAACUCCGCCCUCAGGACCUUCCUCACCUCAUGGCAGAUCUUUCCAAGAAGCAAGGACCGUGGCAGGAAGAGGAUGAGGCGUAUGGCUGGAUGGACUUUGGACGCCGCAGUGCCGAGGAAAGGGACCAGCUUCCCUAGUAGGCACCACCCCUCAACUAUCCCCAUCUCUUCUCCAUACUACCCUCUGUUCGGUGCCAACUCAGAAUAAA